CGAACCUCGAAAAAGAAAAUAAUCGUCUUGCAGCGGAAUGCUCUUCAAGAAACGCAAACCGCCAUAAUCACCAUGUAAGUCGAUCACCAGAUCGCUUUUGCUAUUUCUGACCGUGUAAAAUAAGUAAAAAAAGAAAUGUCACUAUUCGAUUAUGACAUCAAAGCAAGCAUACCAAGAAGAAGAACUGAACUGUUUCAAGUUAACGGAUAUCCUUCAAACUGUUUCUAAAGGCUUGAGAAUCGUAUUUAAGAAAGAGUGGUAUAGGUGUACGAAAUGUGACUGGAGAGACAAACAAGUCGAUCGCGAUGAAUUAUAUAGACGAAUGAAGAUAGAACCAAAUACCUAUAACCAAAAAGAAUUGGAAAGAUUCCGAUACAUGAACAUCGAAGAAUGGGACUGUACGAAGCUAUGUAAUGUUAUAUUGUUCCUUAAACCAAGAUACAAAUUGUCAGGGGCAAUAUGGAAACUUAAAAAAAUUCGAAAUGAAGGUUCACACUACUCAAAAUUAAAACUGUCUGCCAGUCAGCUGAAGUCCAAAGCUAAAACCAUUGCUGGUAUCUUUAAAGGCAUUGGCCUGCCUGACAUUGCGCGAGAGGUACGGUUUAUCGAAAGAGAAAAAAGAUUUGGUAGAGGGCCAAAUAAUUUGGAAGCGGCGUUUAAAGCAGACGUCAAAAUCUGCACGCUUCCACUUCCCCCUUCCCAUGAAUACACGUACAGAAAACAAGAAGUGGAAGAUAUUUCAAGUCGUUUGGAUAAAAUUCGAGCUUCAAGCGACGAUGACACUGUCUGUGUUUUCUACAUCUUUGGGAAUGCGGGCUGUGGGAAAAGUCAAGUUGUGCGACAGUUUGGAGAAAAGCAUUACAAAACCAAUGCGGUUAAAGUUGUCACGACUCUAAAUGCUGAGAACAGUACGACGAUGGUUGACUCGCUCGGAAAACUAGCUACUGACCUUGGCUGUGAAGAAGAAAAGGUAAACAGUGCCAUGCAGCUUUCUGAUGAGAAAAAAAGUCUAAGGAUUUUGUCGAAUUCUGUUCGCUCAAGACUUAAGCAUUUUUCGUGGCUUCUUAUUGUUGAAAAUAUUACCAAGAGUUCAAGUUUCAAGGACUAUUGGCCCCAGCCAGGUGAUCGGACAUGGGGGCGUGGCCAGGUAGUUGUCACAACUCAAGAUGCCAGAACUGUCCCUUGUAAAAGCAAGUUUACUGACAGUAUCUGUUUGAGUAACGGAAUGACAGCGGARGACGCCAAGAACCUUCUCUUUUCUGUGUCUAAAGUUGAUACAGAAAAUUUCUCAAAAGUUGCCAAGGAUUUAAAUUAUCAACCACUGGCCCUUGCAAGUGCUGCGACGUAUGUCAAGAUGGCAUCUGUUAGCUGGGAAGAGUAUAUCAGUAAACUGAAAGACGGGAAGCAAGAGAGAACAGAAGAACUAUUUCUGAAUACAAAUUCUGGUAGCUACGGUAAAACCAUGACAAGUGCCGUUAUGAUGUUUUCACGAUAUAUGUGGGAUGACGAUCCGGUUUUGAAGAAAGCGUUUACUUUCUUGGCAUUCUGUGCACCGGAACAGCCGGUCCCGCUGGAACUAAUUGUCCAGUACGUUACAAGAAACGACGCUAAACUAGACGAAGGGGUUGUAAGAGGGAAGUUGAAAGCCUGUACUCAUUUACUUCUCGAUAACAUAAGAGAGGAAUCCAUUGAUAAAAUCGUGACAAGACACCAGGUUGUCCAGCGCAGUUUUGAAAGGUUGGUCGAAGAAACAUCAAAGCCAAGCGCGGAUAACUCAGCAGUGUAUGAAAUACUAUCAGACAUUUUGGUAACGUUCAAAGUUUACUACGAAUCAUUCCACAAUUCAUGGGAUGCAUCUACUGUCUUAAAGAAGAGGUUGUGCUUUCAACAUCUGACAAAGAUUGCUGAAUUUUUUGCCAGAAAGUCUGAUUUCCUAGAGCUUGAAAAAUGCAUCAUUCUCGAGGACUGCUUGGAAAGACUCGGGAACUUUUGUGGAACCUACAGCAAAUACAAAACUGCGCAAACUUUCUACCAGUUAGAAUUACAGCUGAGGGAAAAGAUGUAUGGACACGAUCAUUUCAAAGUUGCAUUUGUUCAAAGUAAGUUGGGAUACAGUCACUUGCACCUUGGCAAUUUAGAUGAGGCUGAGAAGUGCUGUUCACAAGCACUUGAAGUUUUAAGACGUGGAAAAAGUGAAGAUAACGUCGAGGUCAGUAUUGCCGAGACUCUCACUACUAUUGGCCUCGUUCACGAAAAGAAAGGAAACCUAACUAAGUCCAAAGAUUUCUUAAUUGAAGCUCUUGAUAUAUUAGAUGAUCAUCCGCCAUCUGAUCUCGAGGUUAAAGCUUUAACUUUUAAUGCGUUAGGAACUAUAUGCUACAGACUCGGGGAUUACCAUGGCUCGUACAACAACAUCGAAAAGGCGUUGUACUUACGCAGGAAGGAAAACAACCCAAAGAUAUCCCAGUCACUCUGCAACUUGGGUUUUGUUGCCUCUGAGAUAAAUAAGCUAGAAAUAGCCGAAAAAUACCUGGAGGAGGCAUUUACUAUCACCGCGUCCAAGUAUGACAAUGAUAACGAUUUGUUUGGCUACAUAUUUUGUAAUAAAGGAAUAGUCUCUCGGAGGAAGGGCAAGCUUGACGAAGCAAAGCAGUACAGUCUUGAAGCUUACGAAAAUUUCAGACGUUCUGGAGAUGAUCCGAUCGAUAUUGCUGAGGCAACUGACUAUUUAGGGAUGGUUUGUUAUGAACGUCAGGAAUAUGAAGAAGCUAAGAAAUGCCACGAACAAGCAAUUGGUACUUGGAAAAAAACCUAUGGGCAAAUAAUUCAUCCAAAAUUAGGUCGGUUUGAGCAAAAUCUAGGACUUGUCUUUGAGGCAACUGGUGACCUGACGUCCGCCAUGCAGCACUACGAGACUUCAUUGCAAAUAAUGGAAAGUUGUGGUGAAUUCCACCCAAAAGUGGCUGAAACUUUGGACAGAAUAGCCUCUGUUCACAGGAAACUUGGAAACACUACAGAAGCUUUGAAUGCUAGUAACCGCGCCCUUGAGAUAAAGAAGAAAAUAGCAGGUGAAAGCAACGAUGAUGGACGGGAGAUACGAAAACGAUCACGUGAUCAAAUCCAAACUCCUAUGCCAGGUACAAUCGACAAGCCUGAUUCAAAGAGGCAAAAGAGUGCAUCUACACAUAUUCAAGUGUUUGGGUAGCAUACCAUCUCAGUAAUAUAAAGCGAACAUUAUGAUGUACAGUCCUUUCAUUACGUACAGUUUAUCAGUUAGUGUACAUGUUUAUAGUAUUUGGUUUGGACUAUUUGUACUGUAUAUAUACAGUAAGCCUCAAAAUUCCAUUACUUGUAUUUAUAAUUUCGUGUUUAGAUAGCUGAAAAGCUACUCUUAAGAUUAUAGACAGACUUUUUUAAUAUUUGAAGGACAAAACAAUUAAUCAAGCCUGAUAACUUAUAAUUGGUAUAAUGUUUUCCACUUCAGACCAUGAGACAUGGUCUAGAGUAUGUUUUUUUUUUGAGUCGUAUCCAUAUCUAUGUGUCUUUUUAAGCCCACCCUUUAAACAAUGAAAUGAUACACUAGGGAAUGGCAUGUGGUCUGAAA